AUGCCUAUCAAGACCUUGGACUUUCUGGAUGAAAGCUUUCUAGACCAUGCUGCAGUCAACCACGGACGUCCCAGCAUAACACCGUCUAUCUAUACUAAAGCUGUUCGAAGCGCUUUUGAGAAAUCUAAGGCUCGGUGGAUUGAUGACCCUACCAUUAGCCAAUGGCGCAACCCAUGUCACAAGAUUUACGACGUGUUAGCAGAAGUAGACGGUCUAUACGAGGAAUGGGCAUCUUCUGAUGCAGCUCCCUUCCAGCUCUCUCCAGAUCCUCUCUGGCUAGAUACUGGCCGUAUUCUUGCCAGCGUCGGAUUACCGUGGCAUAACAAUCAGAUCAACUUACCCAGUGAAAUCGAUACUAGUUGGCCAUUUCACUUCAAGCGUUUUGAGGCGCAACUCAUUAAAAUAAAAGCAGCCCGAGUGGGAAAUUUUAAUCCAUCUGGGUACGUCAGUAACUACGAUGAAGCCAACCUCUACUGUAUUCGAGCGUUGCAACACGAUUUUCGGGAGCUGUUUCCUACUCAAAGGCCCAUACUAGCUUAUGACCGCUUUGAUACCGAGCUGAUAUGGUUUGCCGAAAGGGCAUUUGGACUUGAAGGACGACAGUUGAGUCUUUGCAGGCCAUUACAAGUUCUUGAGGACGAGCUUUUAACAGCAACUUGCAAUGCGACCAGGCCCAUCAUCUUUGCAGCAACGCUGUGCAAUCUUUCUUCAUCAGAAUACGAUGAUAUUAGCGUCAUUUCCCAGCUAUCUCGUCGUUUUCGACUUUUCCUGCAUGUCGACGCGUUUCGGAGUUUUGAUUAUGUUACUGUUGGGCCGGAUCACGGUCAACAUCCACCUGAGAAGCUCACCCUAGCAGCCAUAGAUUCCAAAGAACCUGUUCGAAUGAAGAAUGGAUCAAUUUGUGCCAGUACAAUAGUUGCGGGAGGCAUGAACCAUUCGCGUUAUGAUCCAGCUGUUGCUCUCAAACCUGCCUCGGUCGGCGGCCAGAGAUUGACAAGGGUGGCUUAUGUCAGAGGCUUCGACUCGACAUUGUCGGGCUCACGCGACGCCAUAACACCAUUAUGGCUGGCUCUAUAUGAGGAAAGACUUGGAGACCGUGGUUUCCAGGAGCUUCUCCAAUAUCACUCGUCAUUACGGUCUCUCGUCUUGCACCGUUUAAGAGAUCUAGGCAUCCCGGCCGUUUCGUCCCCUUACUGUACAGACAUCAUUAUUACAUCGUAUACCAGGAGCCAGAAACAGUGGCUGGUAAUGCUUGGCGGCAAGACUACGCCAAAGGGAACUAUCGUUCUAUCGAUCAAUCCUUAUUCUUCUACGAUUAAACUUUUGUCUUUUCUCCCCGAGCAGGUCCGAAAUCCGGUUUGCUUUAAAGACUUCGCGGCCAUGUAUCCAUUAUCGCAGAAAACCCUGGUAGAGCUCGAGGCAACAGUACGAUCAUGGCAGAUAGUUUCAAGGUCUAUGACGGGUUACCCAGUCUAUCUUGGCUCACACUCCGCCUUAGGGCCCGUCGUUGGGCUGUUGUAUGACGUCAACAUAUGUAACGACUGGGCAGAAAGAAAAUCGCGUGAACUCCUCGAUCAUCGCAUGGGAGCUUUUGGCCUAAUUUCCUCAGAGAACAAGAAGCAUUUUAAAGGAACAUUUACGAACGGCAGCACUAUGGGAAAUCGGCAUGGUAUCAUGAACGCCCUUGUGCAAUUCCCGAAUGCUUUCAUAUAUUGUUCUACAGAAACACACUACAGUGUCCUCAAAACCCUUCGGGAUUGUGAUACUCUAACAAAUCGUUGGGUUGGAGGUGAACCUCGCUAUUCCCAGAUAAAUAGUGCUCCAAAUGGCAGUAUUCUUGUUGAGGCUCUUGUUCAGCAGGCUGUUACCGAUAGGUAUCAAUGUGUAGCUGAAGGGGUCGAAUAUCAUAUGAUCUUAUUAGUCAAUAUGGGGACCACAUUUGUUGGGGCCAGGGACAACCUCGCUGAGGCUUUCCGGGAAUUAAGAAGGGUUGGAAUCCAAAUCUCGUAUAUUCAUGUUGAUGGAGCCUUGGAUUUCGGAUACGAGACGUGCGGCAUGAAGCUGGGCCCACCUGGUGCUGUGGACAACGACUGUACACCACUGGUACAGGGAAUCACACUCAGUCACCAUAAAGCUCUCGGUACUACGGUAUCUGGCGAGGUUCUUUACUUUAGCCCCGAGAAUCAACGCCCAAUUCCAUGCUUAAGUAUUCAUCCCAGAGUCAUUUUUGAAGUUUGGUUCUACAGCCAAGUGUACAGUGCUGCUGAUCGCAGUUCAAUGUUCAGCUACUGUCGCGAGAACUCCUCGCUCUUGCAGACGGGUCUCGAAAGAAUGGGUAUUGUCACCAAAAGAAAUUAUUACAGUAUAAUCACUGUUUUUGAACGCCCACUUGCUUGGAUCACAGAGCAGUUUUGUCUGAGACCUGAGGGUGACUGGGUUCACUUCAUAACUAUGCCCCAUAUAUCUAAAGAGACAGUUGAACGUUUCCUUGACCAAGUUUUAUAUACUAAUAAGCAAGUUUCUGCUGCUUUGCGCUGCAUUUCCCCAUUAUUGAGUAACACCUUCACGCGAGAAAUGGGGUUGAAGCGUAUUCAAUGUUGCAGCGUCCUUGCUGAACGGGUGUCGACAUUAAUCCGGCCUGUUAUACGAUUUCAUGAUAUCCGUUAUCGAGAUACAGGUUCGACGCUCGAUAUCAAAUUAAACCUGCGAGGGGCUCUCUCGAUUGUGGCCGUUGAUGGUUGGGAUGAGAUCCAGCUUGUCUUCUUACUAGGUUCGGAUCGUGCCCAGUCUAUUCAUGUCGGCCCUAUAUUUGUAAAAAAUCAGUUUGAUUUUUGCAAGACGAACAUCAUCGAGAUAUUGACGCUUCUUGUCUGUCUCCUAGCAAGAUAUCUCAAGGCAGAUAUAAGCGUGGAUAGCCAGAGCUAUCGGGUGUAUACUUUCUAAUGUGCUACACGGAAACUCUCGGACGUAGGUAGGCCUCACGGCCCCUGCAGUGCGCACGAGGGAUCAUAUCAAGGUAGUAUUGAGUGCUCUAGCUAGCUAGGUUCUAUCUGAGGAGCGGUUGAGCGGUGUACAGAAUAUAUAUGCGA